UCUGGGGGCGGGGCUUAAGAGUAGCGCCUGGGCCUCCGCCUGUCACCGCCGAGCGGAUUGUUUGGUGUCAAAAUGGAGUUCUUACUGGGAAAUCCCUACAGCACUCCCGUGGGACAACGCAUAGAAAGGGCCACUGAUGGAGGCCUCCAGAAUGAAGACUGGGCCCUCAACAUAGAGAUCUGUGACAUCAUAAACGAGACGGAUGAGGGGCCAAAAGACGCCAUGCGAGCGCUGAAGAAACGACUCGGUGGCAACAAGAAUUAUAGAGAAGUCAUGCUGGCGCUAACGGUAGUGGAGACCUGUGUGAAGAACUGCGGCCACAGGUUUCACGUUCAGGUGGCCAACAGAGAUUUCAUUGAUGGCGUUUUGGUGAAAAUCAUCUCCCCCAAAGCCAACCCUCCGACCAUCGUGCAAGACAAAGUGCUGUCGCUCAUACAGGCCUGGGCCGAUGCCUUCCGGAGUAGUCCUGAUCUUACCGGGGUGGUUCACAUCUAUGAAGAACUGAAGAGGAAGGGCAUGGAAUUUCCCAUGGCAGAUUUGGAUGCGCUGUCCCCCAUCCACACACCGCAGCGGGGCACACCGGAGGUGGACCCAGCUAUGAUUAAGUACCUGGCACCCGAAACCUCUGCUCCAUCUCCAAAACCAGCCACCAACUCAUCUGCCACACACGUCGCUCCACGCGGCCCCAUCACAGCAACUCCCGAGCAGGUGGCGAGGUUACGUAGCGAGUUGGACAUAGUGAGAGGCAACAUUAAAGUCUUGUCAGAGAUGCUCACGGAGAUGGUCCCCGGCCAGGAAGACAGAUCCGAUCUCGAACUGCUCCAGGAGCUGCACAGGACAUGCCGAGCAAUGCAGCAGCGAGUGGUGGAACUCAUCUCGCGCGUGUCGAAUGAGGAAGUGACCGAGGAGCUGCUGCACGUCAAUGAUGACCUCAACAACAUAUUCCUCCGAUACGAGAGGUAUGAGCGGUACAGGUCGGGGCGAUGCGCUCACAACAAAACGAUUUUGGGUGAGGCCACAGACGACAACCUGAUCGACUUGGGUUCCGGCUCCCCCGCCGUCUUCUCACCCAGAGUGCCGUCCAGCCCGCCUCCUCACAGCGCCACAGGGGCCGCUGCCUCCCCAGCCCGGAACCCCGCUGCGGCAUCGCUGUCCUCUGCGCUGGCCGGCCUCGAUGUUGGUCCUGCAAGUCAACCAAGCCGCAACAAUCAGGAUGACUUUGACAUGUUCGCUCAGACUCGGAGCAGCUCUUUGGCUGAACAGCGCAAAAAUGUCAAGUACGAAGAUCCCCAGGCUCUGGGUGGCCUGGCUUCGGCUUUGGAUGUUCGACAGCACAACACGGGAGGGCUGAGGGUAGAAGGGGAUGAUAACCCAGCAGAUCAGGAGCUGCCCAUAGACAGCUGGCUUAUUACCCAAGGAAUGAUCCCUGUUUCGCAGUCCUCUGUCAUGGAUGAUAUAGAGGAGUGGCUCUGUGCUGAUGUGAAAGGCGAUCCUCAGGAUGAAGGCGUAACCAGUGAAGAGUUUGAUAAGUUCCUGGAGGAGCGAGCGAAGACAUCAGACACAUCUCCCGCCGGGGUCGACCCCGCUCAUCCUCCGCUCCCGGCUCCCGUCGGCCCUCACAAGAAAGCCGAACGGACCGAAGACGCCCUCUUUGCCUUGUAGACUUGCACUUGAGUAUCUCCGUCGCUCCCUGUGGGCCCGUCUGAAGGUCGGCGCUUUGAAUGGUUCCCCUUGAAAAUGGUCCUCCGGUCCCAUUUCAACCUCUUGCCUCUUGCUACAGUGUUUCUCCCAACAUACACAGACGACGGGCAGAUUGUGUAAUACCAUUCGUGGAAGUAUUUGAUUCGUCAAUGUGGGAUGUAGUGACGCCUUACUUCACAUUUCUAAUGCUCCACCAAAGGAUAACGGCCUAACGAAUAGAGAGGGGUUUAAAAUGACAAGCUUGGUUGAUGCGAGACAAACUUCAGCCAUUGCAAGGACGAACUCGUAUCGUGGGCUAAUUGCUAAUCUAAGCAUUUAUUGUUUUAAUGGUUUGCGCUGUCGUAUGCACAAGUGCUCAUUCCUCCCCAUAACUAUUCCAAGUAACAGUUAAGUGGAGUGUAUAAUCCUGCUAACAAAUCUUCAUUGAGCUGCUACAAAACGCUAGUGUUCACGUCCCAAGUGUUGUAAUGCUUUAAAAGAGUUGGACCAGAGAGUGACAAAAAGACUGAUGUGCAGGAGUUUGCGACUCCGGCAGGCUGUGAUAGAGCAAGGACCACACUGGCUCAUCUUAACAAGCAACCCUCUAACCAAAGGGAAGAAAAACAAUCCGAAUACAGACAAUGGUGCCUGGAGAUACGAGUGACGGUCUUAGCCCCCCCCCCCGUACAAGCGCUGUAUGGGCAGUGAACACAACUCAUCUCGCGUCACACAAAGCAGCAGUUUGGCAGAUAGCGAACAAUUCUUUACACAAAAAAAAAAAAAAAAGGAGGCCUUAAGAUAUUUAACGCCACUCGCAGUUGAAGUGUACUGUCAAACUCAACCUAAAACGAGGAGCGUUACAUUUUUUUUUUUUUUUUUUUUUUUUUAAGACAACCGCACAGCCUUGCCUUCCGCGAACACCAAAUGCAAAACUCCCUCGACGGGCUAACAAACCACAUCAAUAGCCGCCGUGUUCUAACCCUUGAAGCAAUGGAUAGUUGCAUCAACACAUGAAGACACACAAUACAAUACUUGAUGGAACAUUUCUUUAUCACCUGCAAAAAAGAAAAAAGAAGCUCAUAAUAUUGCAGUAGUCUACUGAGUCACUUACUCUAAUUGUGAAAGUCUUCUUUGUUUAUAUACUCCUGACUGACACUCUCCAGCAUACCUGUGACUAGUGAGGAGAAGCGGUUCAAUAAAUGAAUUAAUAAAACACAUUCGUCGGGGGGGGGGGCUGGAACAAGUUAAUUUCCGUUCAUUCCAAGUGGAAAAGCUAAUUUGAGUUACAGGGGCGUUACGAAUAUGGUCAUGGGAUUCAAUUCAACUCGUAUCUCAAGGCACCAGUGUUUUGAAAAUAGACUGUUAUGCAAAUGUAAAAAAGGAAGGGUCCAUAAUAUGCCCAUUGAUUACUUUUUGUUCCGAGAAGCUAUAUUUAAUAUCUGGAAUUAUUCCAAACUGACAGUUUUCUCCCCCUACCCCAUCAGUAAUUAGGCCCCCUUUACUUGUACUCCUUCAAAUAUGGUUAACCUGAAGCUUGUUAACACUUUCACACUUUAAAGUUUAAAAAAAAAAAAAAAGGGAACAAAAUAAUGUCAUGUUAUGAGUGUUUACAACGUGGUUCAUAUUUUUCUAGGAAAAAGGGAAAGACAUUUUGUUUUGAAUUUCUUCAUUUUGCACAUAACUAAAAAACAAAACAAAACAACAGUGUAACUUCUUUGACCACAAUAGAAAUGGCAGGAGACGUGGGUGAGAAAUUAAGUGUUUAAACUGCCUGGACUGCACCAAACUAUUGUAAUCAAUUACCUACAAGACACACACACACACACACACACACACACACACACACACCUUGAUUAAAAAAAUAUCAAUAAAAUAUGUUUUUAUUAAUCGUGCUAUGCAGACAGAAGGGCGAUGUAUGUAUUAUUUCUUCCCCUGGUUGUGUAUAUAUGUUUUAACACUUUUUGAGAAACAAUAUAUUUUUUACCAUUCAUUAUUUUGAUGUCAGCAAAAUUGUUAUUUUUAUUUUCCCAUCACUCAUCUUCUCUUCUGAAACUGAAGUAUGUCUUUGGUAUUUCCAAGAUCCCAAAAUUCCAUCCUAUUUUAAAAUGCAGCACUUUUAACCUCCUGCUUUGUUCCAAUUUUGCUUUGCGUCUAUUUUUUAUAUAUAUAUUUUUUUCAGCUUGAGACCAAAACCCUUAUUAGUCAGAUGCAGUAUUAUUGCCUCUAUAGUCCACUGGAUUUGGUAACAAUCUUUAGAUUAAGUGAAAAAUACAUUUGCCGACCUAAUCUUUUGAACUAUCUAGGAUUAGGGUUAACUAAAUUGGCUGGAAAUGGAAGAGAUUUAUUUAACAGUCAAUGUUUGAGUAAACUGUUACCAUACGGGCUAAACGAAUGUGGCCUGAAGUUGCUUAACGUUGUGUUGGAAUUUUUUAACAUGGUGUUUUCAUGAUGCAUACGUGUCGAAUGAAAUGUGGACUCUUCCAAAUUCAGGUUGCGUUAUUGAUUGGAACGCGACUGUACACGUUUUGCGUUUGUGGAUGUUCCGUGUCUGUUGGGGGCCAUGCCAUCUGCUGCCAUCGCUGACUGUCGGGUCUCUGUGUGUCUUGAUGCACGUAUGUAACUGCCCAAUAAAACACAUGUGAGACUGCUACCUCA